AUGGUAGCUAUUUUUCACGAUAUGAUGCACCAGAUAAUGGAAUUAUACAUAGACGAUAUUGUGGUGAAAUCUAGGGCGCGAGAAGAUCACUUGGAUCACUUGAAGCGCGUUUUUGAUAAGUGCGGAAAAUAUCACCUAAAGAUGAACCCUCUCAAAUGCGCUUUUGGUGUUACUUCCGGAAAGUUCUUGGGAUUCGAUGUUACAAACAAAGGAAUGCAAAUCGAUCCGAGCAAGGUGGAAGCGAUAACCACUAUGACGCUUCCCGCAAAUGUGAAAGAGUUGCAAACUUUUAUAGGAAGAAUAUAUUAUGUCUGGAGAUUUAUCCAAGGGUUGGCACAGCUAUUGUCCGCCUUCUCAUCAUUGUUAAAAAAGAACAAGCCAUAUGAAUGGGGAGAUGAUCAAGAGCGAGGCUUUCAUAAGCUUAAGGAAUGUCUGAUUAGCGUGCGAGUCUUACGACCACCUGUCAAAGGUGAACCACUUUACCUAUACACAAAUUUUACUAGCAUGGAAGUCGGAGCAGUGCUAGCCCAAGACCUCGAAAAUGAUCAACUAUGUCUGAUCCACUACAUCAGUAGAGGCUUCAGAGAUGCGCAGUUUAGAUACUCAAAGGCGAAACAAGCAUGCUUAGCGCUCAUUUACGCCACACAGAAAUUGAGAUCGACAUCCCGAUGGCUACUGCAGUUAUCAGAAUUUGAAAUAAAGUACCAGCGGUCCAAAGGAGUGCACGGACAUGCGCUUGCUUAUUUGUUGGCAACAUUUCCAGGAACAAACAUGAUGGAAAUAAGUGAAGAGAUACCUGGAGAGGUCGCAGAGGCAGAGGAAGAAGGGCGAUGGGCAAUGUUAUUUGACGGAUCAUCAUAUGGUUCCCAUGGAGGAGCGGAUAUAGUUUUCGAAAUACCUAAACGAGACUUGUUCUCGUUCGCCUUCAAGUUGGAUUUCGAGUGUAGUAAUAACGUAGCGGAGUAUGAGGCAUUAAUCCCGGGGCUACAUAUGGCGGAAGAACUCAAUCUGGGAGCGAUAGACAUAAAAGGAGAUUCAAAGCUGGUUACGACUCAAAUAUCAGGAGACUUCCAGGUAAAAGAGGCGCACUUAGCUCCUUACGGAGCAGAAGUCCAAGAGUUGAUAGCAAAGAGAGGAAGUACCACCAUCGAGCAUAUGGGAAGAACCACUAACUGCCAUGCCGAUGCGUUAGCCACUUUAGCUGCAAAGAUGCAAUUGAAUGAAGCGGAUGAAGGGACAGUAGUAGUGAAGAAGAGGGUGCUACCAAGCACUUGGAAGGAAGACGCGGCGUUUGAACAAAAGGAUGACUGGAAAGCGGCUUACAUUGAAGAUUUAACUAAAGAAGCGGACGAACAACUGCUUCCCACUAAAGUGCUAAAGCAAUUUGUAGUAGUACGAGGAGCUUUAUAUUAUCGAACACCCGGGCGAGCCCUAUCCCGCUGUGUGGGGAAGAUAGAGGCACAAGAGAUACUAAGCCGUGUUCACACAGAAUCCUGCGGACAGACAGGAUGA